CUCAUGAGAGUUAGAAACAAAGAUCAAUACAACCUGAUGUAACAAUUCGAAUCUAGUCUUUUUUAAAGUAUCUCAUGUUUAAAAUAGAGGCUCAUAUUAUAUCUGUUCUACAGUCUUUGACCACGUUUUCUGGCGUUUGAAGUCCCGGAGUCCCGGAUAUAUCUCAAAACUUAGACUCACGAUCAUCAAGCGAACGAGUAUAAAUAUAGUCAUAUUAGAUAAGUAGAUCUAAAUAUAGAAAAUGGCACAAAACGGUGAUGUUGUUAAUGGCUCGCCGUCCAAGGCCUCAAACCUCACAAUCGAGUUCCCACACAUCUCACUCGCAGAAGAUGAAGGCUUCACCACUGCGCUCACAGAACUCGUGAAUGCCGGAUACUCCGAGGCCGAAGCUGGCAUCUUCAAGCCAGGCUACCUGCGCACCUCAGCAAGCGAGAUCGCAAGCUUCAUAAAAACCGGCAUCCUAGUCGUCGCAUCAGCACCGUCUCCCGAGACGACUUCAAAACGUAUCCCGUUGGGCUGUAUCUCAAUCAAGAAACUUGCCGAAAACCGCGCCGAGCUCGGAUUAUUCGCGGUUGCUAUCGAGCAGCGCGGGAGUGGAAUCGGAAGGGACCUAAUGGAUUGGGCGGAGAAAUGGUGUCUUGAUAACUGUGGCGGUUCUGGGGUUGCUAUUGCUCAACUCGAUUUACUGGUCCCAACUCAUUUCACACAUACGUUCAAGGUGCGGUUGGAGUUAUGGUACACGAAGCGAGGAUAUAGCCUCACGGGGAGCCGCGACUUCGCGCUUGACUACCCCAGCCUUGCGCCUCAGCUCGCAGGGCCGACGGAGUAUCGUGUGUAUGAGAAGACGUUAGUAUAAAUGAGGAAUGGAUACCAUCU